AUUUUAUUAUUCUCCUAUGCUUCUAGUUUUUUUUUUGUUCUUCUCCUACCAUUGCUUCAACGUGUAACAUAUAGGUAUCAUUACUGCACAAAUGGAGGAUUUUUAAAUUAAUUAUUUUUAAUUGAAAUGUCUAGUAUAUAUCUUAUUCUGUUAGAAAACCGUUAUAGGAUCAUAACCAGUGGCGGAACUAGCUAAGAAGCAUGUUGGUCAUUUGACCUAUAUCAAUUUUAAGAAUUAUUCAAAUUUAGGCAUAAAUUUUUAAUAUAUCUAUAUUAUUUGGUUGAGUUUCAUUAGUUUGACCCCCUUGAUAUCUAGCCAGUUUCAUAUAUAUAAAAUUUUGACCCAUUGCUUUCAAUUCCUACCUCGGCCACUGAUCAUAACGUGCAUUUCCUUGUUAAAUCCUAGUCAAGUAUAAAUGUAUAUAAUCAAUCUAGAUUCUCUUGAAUCCUAGAAACCACAAAAUUCUACAGUUACAAGAGAAUGAUUGAUCGAUAACAAAAAUCUCACAUUCGUAGUAGUUGAAGAAUUACUGAGCUAAUAUAUUUAAAAGUUAGAAUUAACAAAUUAGUUCUCAAUUGAAAAUUCAUAAUACACAAAAUUAACAAUUGAAAUCAACAUAUUGCUUUUAAAACAUCAAAAACAACAGAUUGGUUUUGUCUUAAUAUAUUUGGGGAUUAUUAGCAAAUGAAGGGCAUAUAUGUAAAAGAGCCACCGUCCAGCUCCUCCUCCUCCUAAACAUGCUCCAUCUCCUCCAUCUCUCCGACGAAAACCUCAGCAGCAUGCCCCCUUCCUCAUCCUCAUCUCUCCACCCUUGCAAACACUCUCCCUCCGCAACCCUCGACCUCCUAAUCCUCCUCCUCGUCCUCUUCUCCGCCGCCUUCCUCCUCUCCUCCUACUUCUCCUACCUCUUCCACUCCCUCUCCCUCCUCUCCUCCCACCUCCCCUCCUCCGAUCUCUCCUCCAUCCCUCCCGCCUCCUACCUCCUCGCCUUCGCCCUCUUCUUCGCCGCCUCCAUCGCCUUCCUCGACUUAUGCUGCGGGCCGAGAUCGAGAAAAUGUCGAAACCCGAGGUGCAAAGGGCUGAAGAAGGCCAUGGAGUUUGAUCUGCAGAUACAGACGGAGGAUUGCGUUAGAUCGGGGUCGGGAGGGAGCAAGGAGAUCGAUCGGUUGCCGUGGAAAGGAGGGAGCGAGGGGAAUCCUGAUUACGAGUGUUUGAGAGCUGAGCUUAGGAGGAUGGCUCCCGUUAAUGGCCGGGCUGUCUUGCUUUUCCGAUCUAGGUGUGGUUGUCCUGUUGCCAAGCUUCAAGGUUGGGGACCUAAGCGUGGUCGGCGUCAUAAAAAAUCACAAGCAAACUUGGCUCUAAAGGGAGGCAUAGACAAGCGCUGAUCAGAGAUCGAUGGGAACUCUUGAAUCUAUCAUUAUUAUUAUAGAUGUUAUCAUCACAUUCAAUGUUUGCAGAGUUCAUCUCGAAAACUAAAGAAAAUCCAUACAGCUCCGUUUACGUGGUUUUCGUUUACUUCUUUUACAUUAGAAAUGUCUCAAUACUACAAUUUGAAAUACUUUUAUUGAACGACCUUA